AUGUACGGCACAUCCACCGGCCCCCAGACCGGUAUCAAUACCCCCCGCUCCUCCCAGUCACUGCGCCCCCUCAUCCUGUCGCAUGGCUCUCUCGAAUUCUCUUUCCUCGUUCCUACUUCCGUUCACUUUCAUGCCUCCCAGUUGAAGGACGGCUUCGCCACAUCAUUACCCGAACCCACAGAUGAAUUGGCCCAGGACGAUGAGCCCUCCUCCGUCGCCGAAUUGGUCGCCCGCUACAUUGGUCAUGUUGCCCGCGAAGUCGAAGCCGGAGAGGAUGAUACCCAGGGCAGCUAUGAUGAGGUUCUCAAGCUGGUCCUGAAUGAGUUCGAGCGUGCUUUUAUGCGCGGCAACGACGUUCACGCCGUCGCCGCUGCUCUCCCCGGUAUCGUCGAGAAGAAAAACCAGGUCGUCGAGGCCUAUUACGCCGGACGUGCCGCCGCCGGCCGGCCCACAAAGCCCUACGAUUCGGCUCUCUUCCGUGCUGCCUCUGACGAGGCCGCCGGUAUCUACACCGUCUUCGGUGGUCAGGGUAACAUUGAGGAGUACUUUGACGAGCUGCGCGCUGUUUAUACUACUUACCCUUCCUUCGUCGAGGACCUCAUUGUCUCCUCCGCAGAGCUCCUGCAAUCUCUCUCUCGGGAUCCCGAGGCCAGCAAGCAGUACCCUAAGGGUCUGGAUAUUAUCCGCUGGCUCCAGGACCGCGAUGCCCAACCCGAUACCGACUACCUGGUCUCCGCCCCCGUCAGUCUUCCUCUGAUCGGUUUGGUCCAGCUGGCUCACUACACUGUCACCUGCAAGGUGCUGGGUCGCCAGCCCGGCGAUCUGCUGGAGCGUAUCCGAGGAACUACUGGUCACUCGCAAGGCGUUGUGACUGCGGCCGCUAUUGCUACGGCCACCAGCUGGGAGUCCUUCGCCCAGGCUUCCCGCAAUGCUCUGACCAUGCUCUUCUGGAUCGGUCUACGCAGUCAACAGGCCUACCCCCGUACAUCCAUUGCCCCCUCUGUCCUGCAGGACUCGAUCGAGAAUGGCGAGGGUACCCCCACCCCCAUGCUUUCAAUCCGUGACCUGUCCCGCGCCCAGGUCCAGGAGCACAUUGAUGCCACCAACCAGCACUUGCCCGAGGACCGCCACAUCGCCAUCUCCCUGGUCAACAGUGCUCGCAACUUCGUUGUCACCGGUCCUCCCAUCUCUCUCUACGGUCUGAACCUCCGUCUCCGCAAGGUCAGGGCCCCCACCGGUCUCGACCAGAACCGUGUUCCCUUCACUGAGCGCAAGGUUCGCUUCGUCAACCGUUUCCUCCCCAUCACCGCCCCCUUCCACAGCCAGUACCUCACCUCUGCCUAUGAGCGUAUCCUGGAGGACCUCGAGGAUGUCGAUAUGCCCGCCAAGUCCCUCGUCAUCCCCGUUUUCCACACCAAGACUGGCGAUGACCUGCGCCAGCUGGGCGAUGAGAGCGCCGUCCCCGCUCUGGUUCGCAUGAUCACUCAUGAUCCUGUCAACUGGGAGCAGGCCACCGUCUUCCCCAGUGCCACUCACAUCGUUGACUUCGGCCCUGGUGGCAUUUCCGGUCUCGGUGUUCUGACCAACCGCAACAAGGAUGGUACCGGUGUCCGUGUCAUUCUGGCUGGCGAGAUGGAUGGUACCAACGCCGAGGUCGGCUACAAGCCUGAGCUGUUCGACCGUGAUGAGCACUCCGUCAAGUAUGCCACCGACUGGGUGAAGGAGCAUGGCCCUCGCCUCGUGCAGACUUCCACCGGUCAGACCUACGUCGACACCAAGAUGAGUCGCCUGCUCGGUAUUCCCCCUGUGAUGGUCGCUGGUAUGACCCCUACUACUGUCGCCUGGGACUUCGUGGCCGCUACCAUGAACGCCGGUUACCACAUCGAACUGGGUGGUGGUGGUUACUACAACGCCAAGACAAUGACCGAGGCUGUCAACAAGAUCGAGAAGGUCAUCCCCCCUGGCCGUGGUAUCACUAUCAACUUGAUCUAUGUCAACCCCCGUGCCAUGGGCUGGCAGAUCCCUCUGAUCGGUCGCCUGCGCGCUGAUGGCGUCCCCAUCGAGGGUCUGACUAUUGGUGCUGGUGUGCCGUCCAUUGAGGUUGCCAACGAGUACAUCGAGACUCUGGGUAUCAAGCACAUUGCUUUCAAGCCCGGCUCCGUCGAUGCUAUCCAGCAGGUUAUCAACAUCGCCAAGGCCAACCCCAAGUUCCCCAUUCUCCUCCAGUGGACCGGUGGUCGUGGCGGUGGUCACCACUCUUUCGAGGAUUUCCACCAGCCCAUCCUCCAGAUGUACGGCCGUAUUCGCAAGCAAGACAACAUUGUUCUCGUUGCUGGCAGUGGUUUUGGUGGCGCUGAGGACACUUACCCUUACCUCUCCGGUACCUGGUCCGGCAAGUUCGGCUACCCUGCCAUGCCCUUCGAUGGUUGUCUCUUCGCUUCCCGUGUGAUGGUCGCCAAGGAGGCCCACACUUCCAAGAACGCCAAGAAGGCGAUCGUCGAUGCCCCCGGUGUUGACGAUGAGGAGUGGGAGAAGACCUACAAGGGCGCCACUGGUGGUGUUAUCACCGUUCUCUCCGAGAUGGGCGAGCCUAUCCACAAGCUCGCUACUCGUGGUGUUCUGUUUUGGCAGGAGAUGGACCAGAAGAUCUUCAAGCUUGACAAGGCCAAGCGUGUUCCUGAGCUGAAGAAGCAGCGCAACUACAUCAUCAAGAAGCUCAACGAUGAUUUCCACAAGGUGUGGUUCGGCCGCAACGCUGCCAAUGAGACCGUCGAUCUGGAGGACAUGACCUAUGCCGAGGUUGUCCACCGUAUGGUCGAGCUCAUGUACGUUAAGCAUGAGUCUCGCUGGAUCGACGACUCGCUGAAGCGUCUCACUGGUGACGUCCUCCGCCGUGUUGAGGAGCGUUUCACCACCGCCAACGGCCAGGCUUCACUUCUGCAGAACUACUCCGAGCUGGACACUCCUUACCCCGCUGUUGACAACAUUCUUGCUGCCUACCCCGAGGCUGCUUCUCAACUGAUCAACGCUCAGGAUGUGCAGCACUUCCUUCUGCUUUGCCAGCGCCGUGGUCAGAAGCCCGUCCCCUUCGUCCCCGUUCUGGAUGAGAACUUCGAGUACUUCUUCAAGAAGGACUCUCUCUGGCAGAGCGAGGAUCUCGAGGCUGUUGUUGACCAGGAUGUCGGCCGUACCUGUAUUCUGCAGGGUCCUAUGGCCGCUCACUUCUCCAAGAUCAUGGAUGAGCCUGUUCAGGACAUUCUUGAUGGCGUCCACAACGGUCACAUCGCUGGCCUGCUUCGUGAUGUCUACGGUGGCGACAAGUCCAAGAUCCCCGUGAUCGAGUACUUCGGUGGCAGACUGUCCAACCCUGACGAUGAGCCCGAGCUGGAUGGCCUCACUGUCUCUGAGGAGCCCAACAAGCUCAGCUUCCGUCUGUCCGCUUCUCCCUCUGCUGUCCUCCCCGAUGACGACCAGUGGCUGCGUCUCCUCGCCGGCGAUUCCUACUCCUGGCGUCACGCUCUCUUCCUGGCCGAUGUCUACGUCCAGGGCCACCGUUUCCAGACCAACCCCAUGAAGCGCAUCGUUGCCCCCACCGGCGGCCUCUACGUCGAGAUCACCAACCCCAACACUCCUGCCAAGACUGUCAUCACCGUCCGUGAGCCCUACCAGUCUGGCAAGCUCGUCAAGACCGUUGAGGCCAAGGUGAACGAGAACGGCCAGAUCAGUCUGACCCUUUUCGAGGGCCGCACCGCCGAGAAUGGCGUUGUUCCCUUGAACUUCCUCUUCACUUACCACCCGGAGACCGGCUACGCCCCCAUCCGUGAGGUGAUGGGUGACCGCAACGACCGCAUCAAGGAGUUCUACUACCGCAUCUGGUUCGGCAACAAGGAUGUCCCCUUUGACACCCCCACCACUGCCACUUUCAACGGUGGAACCGAGACCAUCACCUCGCAGGCUGUUGCCGACUUCGUCCACGCCGUCGGUAACACCGGUGAGGCCUUUGUCGACCGCCCCGGCAAGGAAGUCUACGCUCCCAUGGACUUUGCUAUUGUUGCUGGCUGGAAGGCCAUCACCAAGCCCAUCUUCCCCCGUACCAUCGACGGUGAUCUGCUCAAGCUGGUCCACCUGUCCAACGGCUUCAAGAUGGUUCCUGGUGCCCAGCCCCUGAAGGUUGGCGAUGUUCUGGACACCACUGCCCAGAUCAACGCCGUCAUCAACAACGAGUCUGGCAAGAUGGUCGAGGUCUGCGGUACCAUCAAGCGCGAGGGCAAGGCUAUCAUGCACGUCACUAGCCAGUUCUUGUACCGUGGUGCCUACACCGACUUUGAGAACACCUUCCAGCGCAAGGAGGAGGUUCCCAUGCAGGUUCACCUGGCUACCAGCCGUGACGUUGCCAUCCUCCGUUCCAAGGAGUGGUUCCGCGUGGAUGAGAGCGACAUCGAGCUGCUCGGCCAGACCCUCACUUUCCGUCUGCAGUCUCUGAUCCGCUUCAAGAACACCACUGUCUUCAGCAACGUGCAGACCAUCGGCCAGGUCCUGGUGGAGCUUCCCACCAAGGAGGUUGUUCAGGUCGCUUCCGUGGAGUACGAGGCCGGUGCCUCCCACGGCAACCCUGUCAUCGACUACCUCCAGCGUAACGGUAACUCCAUCGAGCAGCCCAUCCACUUCGAGAACCCCAUCCCGCUCAGUGGCAAGACUGCUCUGGAGCUGCGUGCCCCGGCCUCCAACGAGACCUACGCUCGUGUCUCUGGCGAUUACAACCCCAUCCACGUGUCGCGUGUCUUCUCCAGCUAUGCCAACCUUCCCGGCACCAUCACUCACGGCAUGUACAGCAGUGCCGCCGUGCGCAGCUUGGUCGAGACUUGGGCUGCCGAGAACAACAUCGGUCGUGUCCGUGGCUUCCACGUCUCCCUGGUCGGCAUGGUUCUGCCUAACGACAUGAUCACCGUCAAGCUCCAGCACGUCGGUAUGAUUGCCGGUCGCAAGCUCAUCAAGGUCGAGGCCUUCAACAAGGAGACCGAGGAGAAGGUUCUGGACGGUGAGGCCGAGGUCGAGCAGCCCAUUACUUCCUACGUCUUCACUGGUCAAGGUUCCCAGGAGCAGGGCAUGGGUAUGGAGCUCUAUGCCAGCAGCCCCGUCGCCAAGGAGGUCUGGGACCGUGCCGAUCGUCACUUCAUCGAGAACUACGGUCUCUCCAUCAUCGACAUCGUCAAGAACAACCCCAAGGAGCUCACUGUCUACUUCGGUGGUCCCCGUGGUAAGGCCAUCCGCCAGAACUACAUCUCGAUGACCUUCGAGUCUGUCAACGCCGAUGGCUCCAUCAAGUCGGAGAAGAUCUUCAAGGAGGUCGACGAGACUACCGCCUCGUACACCUACCGCUCUCCUACCGGUCUGCUUUCCGCUACCCAGUUCACCCAGCCCGCCCUCACCCUCAUGGAGAAGGCCUCAUUCGAGGACAUGCGCUCCAAGGGUCUGGUCCAACGCGACAGCAGCUUCGCUGGUCACUCUCUGGGUGAAUACUCAGCCCUCGCCGCCCUGGCCGACGUCAUGCCCAUCGAGUCCUUGGUCUCCGUCGUCUUCUACCGUGGUCUGACAAUGCAAGUCGCCGUCGAGCGCGACGAGCAAGGCCGCUCCAACUACUCCAUGUGCGCCGUCAACCCCAGCCGUAUCUCCAAGACCUUCAACGAGCAAGCCCUCCAAUACGUCGUGGAAAACAUCUCCGAGACCACCGGCUGGCUCCUCGAGAUUGUCAACUACAACGUCGCCAACAUGCAAUACGUCGCAGCCGGUGACCUCCGUGCCCUAGACUGCUUAACCAACCUACUCAACUUCCUCAAGGCGCAGAACAUUGACAUCCCCGCCCUGAUGGAGAGCAUGUCCAUCGAAGACGUCAAGGCGCACCUCGUCAGCAUUAUUCAAGAAUGCGUCAAGCAAACCGAGGCCAAGCCCCGCCCCAUUAACUUGGAGCGUGGUUUCGCAACCAUCCCGCUCAAGGGUAUCGAUGUGCCCUUCCACAGUACCUUCCUGCGCUCCGGCGUCAAGCCUUUCCGCUCUUUCUUGCUGAAGAAGAUCAAUAAGACCACUAUUGAUCCGAGCAAGUUGAUCGGCAAGUACAUUCCCAAUGUCACAGCGCGUCCGUUUGAGAUCACGAAGGAGUACUUUGAAGAUGUUUACCGUCUGACGAACUCUCCUCGUAUCGCUUCUAUUCUGGCGAACUGGGACAAGUAUGAGGAGGGUGGUGAGUCUGCUGCUCGUGCUUAG